AUGGUCAAUCUUAUACACAAACUCAUCAAAACCAAAUCUUCCUCUCUAAGAAUCAUUACGUCCUUCAAAACCCUACAGCCUCCAAACCCCACAUCUGCUCUCAACAGUCCUCUCCAAACACAUCUUAACAUAGCCAACCAAUUUUCUCUCUUCAAGUCCACUAUCACUGAGGACCUUACUCACUCCCCGCAUGUCUUCUACCCCAGUUUUCCGUUGGGUCAUUGCCUGAACCGGGUUUUAUCAACUGGGUUUUGUCAAUCUGAGGCUGUGGAGACGGAUGAUUCGAGGACGGUCUGGGCAGAUAGUGUUAAGAAGAAGAGGAAGAAGAAGAUGAACAAGCACAAGUACAAGAAGCUGAGGAAGCGUCUCCGGCGAAAGUCCAGAGCUUAG